AUGACGCCAGAACGAGAGGAAGACCGUUCAAACGGGAAUGUUCCAAACAGUACACAUGAGAGACUCGUAGAGCUCAUCUGUGAAGAAUGUGGCAGGUGCUGCAAAUCGAAAGCUGGCUUGGCAGCCCAUCAUCGAGUUCACGUCUAUGAAAGUGUCGGUACGAAUGGGGUCGUCCAUUUGUUCUGCACUGAUUGCUUCCGCCCACUUCUGACGAAGAUUAACUGA